AACAUUCCCAUCAGCAAAUGACGGUGUCACAUUAUUAUCGUUCCGUGUGUGGCCACACUGGGUACCGCAUGCUUUCUAGAUAAAGUUAAUGUUUUACUGAAUACUAAAGUAUUAAUAAUGCAUCUUACGCAAGACUUAGAACUGUUUCCUGAAUACACGGUGAUUCAACUGCUCUUCAAAGAUGUAAAAAAUGCGACGGAGUUGAGAAAAAUGGCAGUGAAUGGAGAAAUAAAAGGCGCCUUGAUCAAUCCAUCAAUGGUUGUGGAUGCAUUACAGAUCUUGGUGGCAGCAAAUAAAGCAGUUCACCUACAUAAAAAUGGGAAAAUGAAAACCCGGAGCCUUUACUCGGAAAUAAUUUUUAAUCUUUCACCCACAAACAAUAUAUCUGAAGCAUUCAAAAGGUUUGGGAUCUCAGACAGUGACAGCGCGGUUCACAUUGUGUUAGUACACAACAAAGACGAGACCCUCAGCAUCGAUAACAUCAUCUCAAAGGUGGACGGACAACAGGUUGCCGUUGAUCGAGUGUCUGAUUUGACUGAUGUCGCCAAGAUUAAAAAGCUCUACAAAGUCGCACCACAGGAGGAAAAGUGUGGCAGUCUUUUGGACGCUGUUGUUUGCAGGAUGGCCACUAAAGAUGUCGCAUAGCUAAUCAAUACGUUGAUAUGUUUCUAUUUUACAUAAACUCACACGGUAUUUCCUCUUGUCAGAUCUCCUAUAGUGGAACAUGUGAAAAAAUAUUGUAUAUAUCCCACUUUUUAUGAAAA